AUGACUAGCACAUACGAUCAGUGGAUACAUCAUGGAGAAGCACUAGAUGGCAGAAUUAUUGAAAAUGCAGAUCAUCUUAAUGAACAUAUUCCUUUCAACGAGGAUGUUGGUAUGAACGAGGGUGAAGAAGACCUUGAUGAUAGGAUUCCUGAUAUGGUAAAGGAGUUGUUCAUAGCUGAGGAACAAGGUGCUGAGAAUUCUAUGUUUGCAGCCAUAUUAGAAGAGAUGAAGGAGGAACUUUUCCCUGGUGCAGCUGUUACAAGAUUUUCUUUUGUUGUGAAGUUACUCCACAUCAAGUCAUUCUAUCGAAUCAGCAAUGCUGCGUUCACUGCAAUACUAAAGUUGUUAUCAUUAGCAUUCCCAGCUUGCUCUCUUCCCACAUCUUAUGAUGAAGCAAAGAAACUUAUUCGUGCAUUGGGACUCGGAUAUGAUACAAUCCAUGUGUGCCCGAAUAAUUGUGUUUUGUUCCGGAAGGGGUUGGCAAAACAUGAUAAUUGCCCAGUAUGUGGUGAAUCAAGAUGGAAAGAUGCGGAUGGAAGGAAACAGAUUCCUCAGAAGGUAUUGCGGCAUUUCCCAUUGGUUCCAAGGCUGAAGAGGAUAGUUGCUUCCAAAAAAACCGCUGAGGAGGCACAAUGGCACAAGUUGAAGAGAAAACCAGUGGAGAAUGAGCUUAGCCAUCCAGCUGAUGGUGAGGCAUGGAAAGAAUUUGAUAGAAAAUAUGAGUGGUUUGCAAAAGAUGCAAGGAACAUCAGACUUGGUCUUGCUACGGAUGGUUUCAAUCCAUUUGGCAAAAUGAACUCCUCAUAUAGCAUGUGGCCAGUUUUUGUUGUGCCUUACAACUUUCCCCCAUGGAUAUGUAUGGAUGAAUCCAACUUCAUGAUGUCCCUACUCAUCCCUGGUCCGGAAUGCCCAGGAAAGGACUUUGAUGUCUUUUUGGAGCCACUCGUCGAAGAGUUACUCACCCUUUGGGCAGGUUUGGAAACUAAAGAUGCAUUUAGUGGAAAGGAGUUUAAACUACAUGCUGCAGUUAUAUGGUGCAUUCAUGAUUAUCCAGCUUUGAGCACAUUGUCUGGUAGAGUCACAAAAGGAUAUUAUGCUUGUGUGCGUUGUGACAAAAAUCCUUGCUCCAGAAGAAUUAGGAAUAAAAUCUGCUAUAUUGGACAUCGUCGUUUUCUUCCAAGGGACCAUCCAUGGAGGACAAAGAAAUAUUUUGAUGGUCAAACUGAAAAACGUGACAAGCCAGAGGAAUUUAGUAUAGAUGAGCUGAUGCAGCAAUUGGAGAGGGUGAAGGAUGUUAGGCCAGGAAAGCAUCCUGGAAGCAAGGAUGAUGACAUGAACGCUAUUAUGGCAGCUCCAGUUGAAGAUGAACAGCAACCCAAUACUGCAAUUGAAGCAGUUUCUCAAGUUCUACCAUCAAGUAAAUUCCUUCAAAAUGUAGGCCUUCAGCCAGCCUUGAAGAAAAGAUCUAGCCGAGCUGAAACUUUGCGUGUGCAAGAGCUUGAAGCGCAACUUGAGAAGGAGAAACAAGACAAAGAGGAACUUCGACAAAAGCUUGAUGGUCAACAACAAGAGAUAGACAACCUAAAGAAACAGUCAGAAGAAGCAAGACAGAAGCAUCUAGAAGAUGUUGGAGAUCUCAAGAAGCAAUUAGAAGAAAACAAUGCUCUCCUUCGUGGUUUGAUCAGCUUCAAUCAGAGUCAGUAA